AUGAGAUACAACCAGCUGAAUCGCCUGCGCCGCUUCUCGUCCUCCUCCUCGUGCGCGUCCGCCUCGUCAACCACAUCAAGAUGCUCGUCCCGGGGCCCGCCCGUCGAGGACCACGACGACGGCCACGACAGCCGCGCACCCCGCGGCCGCCAAGACAGCACCGCGUCGACGACGGCCCCGAGGCGCAGCUGCGAGGGCAUGACGGCUGCCGAGACGCGCGGGCUAUGGCAGUGCAUGCUGGAGCUGCAGCAGCGCUACGGGUGCUACAAUUCGACGCGCAUCGACCUGGCGGUGCAUGCCGGCGAUGAGGGCGCCCGCCUCAUGCCCAACCCAUUCAUCAUCGACACGCUCAACAACUCCGUCGUCGACCUCCCCGCCGAGGGCUGGCAAAAGCUCGACCGCUGUCUCAUACGAACCGCGCCGUCGAGCUCGCCCAAGCCCAAGCCGAAGCGCAGGUUCUGGAGCAGACACUGA